AUGGCGGAAAAGGUCUCCAAGGACAUCAAAGUCGCCGAGAAUGGCCUCGAGCCGACAAAGUCCUUCACGGUGGGCGAGGUCGCGCACCUCGAUGAGUCCGAGGCGUUUCUCCAGGAGAACAACAUCACCGAGGAGUAUCUCGCCGAGCUCGUCAACGACAAGGAGAAGAACCGACGCCUGGUCCGCAAGAUCGACCUCAUGAUCCUGCCGCUCCUGGCAGGAACCUACGUCUUGCAGUACAUUGACAAGCAGGCGUUGUCCUACGCGGCCGUCUUUGACCUCUUCUCCAGCACGAGCGUCACGCAGACCGAGUACUCGUGGUUUGCGAGUAUUUUCUACCUGGCCUACCUGUUUGCCGAGUACCCGUGGGUCUACAUCGCCCAAAAGACGCGCAUGGGCAAGGUCGUGGCGGGAUGUGUUCUGUCAUGGGGUUCCAUCUUGAUGAUCACGGCUGCGUGCUCCAACUUCCCGGGACUUGCUGCAUGUCGAUUUUUGCUCGGAGUCUUUGAGGCGCCCAUCACGACUUGCUUUAUGAUGAUGGUGUCCAUGUGGUAUGUGCGAUCGGAACAGCCCAUGAGAGCAGGACUCUUCUACUGCUGCAACGGUGUUGGCAGCAUGCUCGGCGGUGUUCUUAGUUACGGAAUCGGCCAAAUCGACUCUUUCCCAGUCUGGAAGGCCGUCUUCCUGAUCUGUGGUGGCAUCACCGUCAUCUGGGGAGGGCUGCUCUUUGCGUUCCUCCCAGACAGCAUCUUGAGCGCCAAGAGAUUCUCUCUCGAGGAGAGAGCACUCCUGGUCGGCCGUGCUCGUCUCGCAAAGACUGGCGUUCUCAACAAGACCAUCAAGUGGUACCAGGUCAAGGAGGCUUGCCUCGACGCCCAGGUCUGGCUUCUGACCCUCUUCGUCCUGCUCAACGAGGUCAUCAACGGUGGCGUGGCCAACUUUGGAAAGCUCAUUAUCAAGGGACUCGUCACUGACCCCUUGUUGACCACGGCAUUGGGAAUCCCCCAGGGAGCCUUCCAGGUCUUCUGGAUCCUCACGGGAGCCUUCACCGCGUCCAAGCUCCGCAACCAACGCACGACCGUCAUGGCGUUGUGGCUUAUCCCUACCAUCAUUGGCUGCUGCAUGAUCUGGAAGCUCGAUAGAACCCACUACAAGGUCGGCGUCCUGUUCGGAUACUACAUGAGUGGCUGCUACGUCGCGUCUCUGGUACUCGCUCUGCAGAUGCCGGCGACGAACCUCGGCGGAUAUACCAAGCGCAUCACGGCGUCGGCCAUCGUAUUUACGGCAUAUUGCUUAGGUAAUAUCAUUGGGCCCCAUGCCUUCCUGGCCAAGGAGGCGCCGCUGUAUGAGACUGGGUGCAAACUUAUUCUCGCCUGCUCGGCUUCGCAGGUGGCAAUCGCCGUUGGCCUGCGUAUGCUGCUGAUUCGGCGCAACAAGCAGAGAGAUGCGGCGGCGGCGGCGGCAGGUGUCACACCGGAUGCUGAGCACGAGGACGAGGGUGUUGAUUUGACUGACAAGGAGAACCCCAACUUCCGUUAUGUAUUGUAA